AAAAUUGGUGGGAAAUGGAAAAAAAUAUGAAAAAUUGAAAAAUUUUGAUCUCUCGGUGAUAGAUUUAGAAAUUAGAAUUUAAAUUGAAAUAAAACGUGAUGUUGAUUAGCUGAUGAAAAACAGACGAACAGACGAUCGGUGGGUGGAGAUCAGCGAUCAGCGGAAAUCGAAAUGAUAUUUUACCUGCUACCGCCGAGCGUAGCCGUGGAUAUCCGCAAGUUCAAUCGAUGCUGCAUUUCCAGAUUAAAAUUUUUCUGUAGUGCCGAUUCGAACGUCGAUGGCAGCUACGAACUAAACGAGAACGAGAGUCUGUUACCCGGUACAGAACUGGAUAAAAUUGGACAUUUCGUGUUGAGAUGUUUUUGCCUGGAUCGACCGCAAGUUACCGAUUUCAUUCUGCGAAAAGAAAGCGAGUUAUUUUUGCGUCGUAUUAGCGAAAGCCGCGAGCUGGAAAUUAGGAAAUUUUGCGACAAAAGUCUGAAGGAUCUGCGUAAGACGGAGUCGUUUCGAGAAACCAACGUGCUGACGUCGCGCAGAGAAAAUCCGUACUUCUGUUCUAUGGUUUUGUCGGCUAUGAAUGAAAUUUUAUGCGCGUUAAGACGCAAACAAUCGUGCGAACACUUUAAAAAUACGUGCGAUGAAAAGUGCGAGCAGUAUUUCGUCGAAAUUCCGUUUCAGGUGGUCACAAGUAUGGUGAAAGCGCGCGAGGUCAGAAUUAGCGGAGGCAACGCUUACGUACCGUGCUGCAAAUGGAGCGAAUUGCUGCGAGAACUAUUCGUGCAUCACUAUAACGUGGGAUUAUCGAUGAUAUCGUACUCGGUGAUGCGGUCCAUCCGUUCGGACGUACGAUGGCAGUCGACAUUUCGCACGCUUCGCGAUAUGUACGAGUGUCAGCUGUAUCGGCCGCCGAUGCCGAUACGUCGCAGCCGUGUACUUCAUCAGCAAAUCGACGAGCAAAAAGCGCACUUUCCGCCCUGCAUGUCGCACUUGUUGAACGUACUGCGAAAAAACCACCGACUGACGCAUAUUUGGCGGUACUAUUUCAGCUUGUUUCUGAAAGACAUCGGCCUAACGUUGGAAGAUUCCAUAGCCUUUUGGAAGAAGGAAUAUUCGCAAAGUUGUUCGGCCGAAGCUAGUUGUACGCAUUCGUGGCAGCAAAACGAACGAAAAUAUCGUUACAGCAUAAGGCAUUUGUACGGUCUGGAAGGCGCCAAAGUGGAAAGAUCUUGCAAGAGCUGUCAACAUAUUCAGACUAUGCAAAUGGGCAUGCGAGACGAAGGCGGAUGUCCGUUCGUACAUUUCGACGAUUCGAAUUUGCUUUCGAGCCUGCACGAUUCGGUUAAACAGGAUAGAAGCGUCGUCGAUGAAAUCAACGAAUUAAGAAAUUCCGGCUUCCCUAGCGGAGCUUGCUCGCUGCAUAUGAGAUUUUCCUCGCCGUCCGCCUGCCAAGAUGGUGGUAAACGUAAACUGAACGAAAAGCCGCCCUUCGAAUCGCCAGUAGGUUAUUAUUUUUGUAAAAAAGGCGGUAACGCGGAUAAAUCACUCGAGUGGUAAAACCCGUCGUCGCCGCCGUCGCCGUGUGAUCGAUGUAUGUGUUACCUGUUGUGUAAGACGUAGUACGAACAUACCUCUCUCUAUACCACAAUAUCUAUCUACGUACAUCGGAGCUGAAAUUCCUAUUUUUUCUUAUUCGUGUUUUCUUUUCGUUUUUGUUUGUUGUUGUCUUUUUUUCAUUCAACUUUUCAUAGCAUUUAUUGUAAUAUACAAAUUAUAAUACUCGUCGAUAAUAUAAUAAUAUACCUAUAUACAAUCUCGCGUAAUUAUUAUCAUCAUCGUUUUCAAGUUGUAUACGACAACAAUUGAGUGGUAAAUGAACGCGUUUCAACCAAACUGUACACAAGGUACACGCCAUGUUUUCAACGUUACAGCGGAUAGUUGAACAUAACAUCUUGCCGCGCCAAUUCCAGCAACAUGGGAUCGUCGAAAAAUUUAUUAAUAGAUACGUCUUCGCUCAGGCCUUUUCUACGUCUGGUCUUGAUCAUAAAUUCUCUGGCUAAAUGCGUCGCCGGUUGCGGUUCUAAUGGUCUGAUGACUAUGCUUUUGUCUAGCGGAUCGCCCGGAACGAUCUGAAAAAAUGCGAGGGCGGGUUUUGUAAUUGGGCUUUGAAGCGAGAGCAGAGAGCAGAAAACGAAAAGCAAACUAAUAGAUAAGAGUAGAGGUAUUCGUACAAAAUUGCCCUUUUUAGGGCAGUUCGAAAAGUAGGUACUAGGUAGGAUUGAUUUACCUGCCAGUGAUGAAAGACGGAUAAACAAAACGCUUGUCCUUGAGUGUGCGUUCGUAAGUCUGUUUCAAAGCCGAACGAAUCGAUAGCCGGAAUGAAUGCUUUGAUGGUGUAAAGCGGCGAACCAGGUACUGGAGCGUCUUGAGUAACGUGUCCUCUGCGCAAUUCACACGGUAAAAUUACAUAAUUAUUAUACUGGUAUUAAUACGAAAGCGCGUAAAUUUUCCAGUCAAUCGACGAGGCAACGAGUAAGUAAGCUACCUUCUUUUAGCUAACACCGUAUACACUGCGGAUACGCAAUCAGCCGGAGCUUGAACUUCAACGAACAGGUACGGUUCCAUCAAACGAGGCGUGGCCAUCAAAAAUGCGGAAUACGCGACCCUUCUCGCCGUCGGUAUAAUUUGCCCUGUUGACCGUCGCCAUUUGAUUUAUUAGCAAACGAUACAAAUAUGUAAAAGCCGGUUACACUCUACAGCUACGGCUGUAUUACCGCGUUAUUUUAUCGUAUCAAGUAAGUAUACGUAUACGUACCGCCUCCGCGAUGCAAAGGCUCGUUUGCGAUGACGGCGUCCAAUAUCUUGAAUUUGACAUUUCUAAUAGGCUCUUCGCAUAGCGGACCUUCUCUAGUACCCCAUUGAAAACCCUAAACGCCAAACGCAAAACGGUUAUUACGUAAAAUGAAAAUCAAACAACAUUUUUACGCUCUCUCCGCGUGUAGUUGGUACAUACAUACUAAAUUCAUAGAGGUAUGGCGAUGCGCCGUAACCGUAACCGUACCCUUACCUGAACUAUCGAAUCUUUAACCGAGCCCAGCAAAUGUUUGUCCACUUCCGAAGGAAGAGUAUCGUCGACCAGAAUAUUCGGACCGGUGGUAUCUGGUCCAAAAGCCCAGAUCGAUCGGGCAGCUAACAAGUCCCAGUCGUA